CAGCGCAAGGACAACUCCGGGAGGGGUUGUUUUAUUUAUUUUUACUCUCACAGGACGAAAAAGUGGCACGAUGAAAAGUGUGUUAGCCCAGAGAGAGGCGUAGUGGGUUCUUAUCAGUGUGAUUUUAUUCCGUGCAAAAACAUCCGUUUAUUGCCCAAAAGUAGGCAAUCCUUGGUGAACUUGUGAUUUAAAAAAAAGCUACCUAAAAGAAGCUUUCAAGUGAUAAAGGGUGAAAGUGAAAAAUUUAGAGAAAAACCCCAUAGACGCAAAAAAAGGCGUCGCGAUAAUCGGAAGAUUAUUGAUUUUUGUUGAGUCGCAAUAUUUUUGUGAAGAUUUUUUGCUUCCCGCGUUGCACAAAAGCCGAACACGGGACUUUUCGCGGGUGUUUUGCCUCUGGCGUGGAGCGCCCCGUUUCCUUCCGGACGCGGUGACUCUCUUCCAGGUGCGUAAGUUGCUGCAGAAAUGCAUGCUAUGGGAAUACAUUCGGCUCUAGCUGUCAAGAGACAGCGCAAGAGACGCGAUGACAAGAAGAAGGCUAGGGAUCGGAGACUCAGCCUUCAGAGCACCGACAGCCUCGACACAAAUGCCUCCUCGACGCGGCGCCGGCAUCGAUAUGGUCUCCGGAAGCGCAACACGGAGAGCUCACUGCUGGACCAGCAGGUUGUCUCUAGUAUCGGAAUGUUACACAUAGGUGUAGUAUUCGUGGUAUUUGGGAUCUUCUUGCUGGGUGCCGGCAUUCUGCCCGAUGACAUGUCUUCAUUUACUUUAUUCUCAUGGGAAACGUGGUGGAAUGAAUUGGUCUGCACCGGAGCCUUUGCCAUUGGUCUCGGUAUUUUCCUAAUAAUCCUCAACUCCUUCAUCAGCAGACGCGAAGAGUCUGAACUCGAGGACUAUGUACAGCGUCAACUAACACGAUCACGCUCUGGCCAUCGCCUGGAGCGAGAUGUUGAAACAGGUGGCCUAGCCACUAGAUCAACUCACAAGAGUCGCCUGCAAAAGGACCUUCUCCACUCGCCAGCAACCGAAUCAUCCAACGAACCCCUGUCCUCAACAAACACACACGAUGAACAUGAACAUCCUCCAUGUAUAACGCAAGAAAAUGAGAGCAUGGAUAGCAUUACAUCUCACCAAACUAGACCACUUGGUGGAGAUAUUCUGCUUGAGCAAAUACUCGAAGAGGACAAUCGAUAUGAUGAAAGAAGUGGCGAAAUUGUUUCAUCCCUUUCCAGUGACAAGAAGUUCUUGCUUGGAAAUGGACACACCAAUUCUGUGACUAUCACCAACAUCUAAGAGACUCAUACUUUUUUAUUUUAUCACAUAGUCUCUUAUCUCCUACUUUUCUCCCCUUUCCCCUUGUCAGUCCUUUUUUUAGUAACAAUAUCAUCUAUCAUCGCAAGGAUAAUCUCAUAUUCACACACUCACAAUUAUCUCAAGAAAAUCCACAUUGAUAUUCUUAAGAGAGGUAGGUAAGUGAAAAAAAACCAGUAAAGAGAGAGACACGUGAAAGAUUUUUUGUCGAAUUAUUCAAACUCGAAGAUAUUCGCUAGAAAUUUGGAUAUUUAAAUGAUAAAAGAAAUUUUUUUCUAAUGAAAACAGAAUCAAAUGAUAUGAAAAAAUACCAAUUAAAAAUAAUUCUUAUAAUAUAGUAAAAAGAUAAUGAAAAAAAAUACUCCCUCCGUUCCGAAAUAAGUCGUACGUUUGAGAAAAAUUUUUGUUCCGAAAUAAGUCAUACGUUUGGGAAAAAUUGGGAUUAAGGGAAUGUUUGUUGGUAAAUGUUUUGAGUAUGAACAAUUAUCUCUUGUAAAGAACUAUUGUUAAUGUUCAGUACUAAAAUUGGGGUCCAGUUUUGAUGGUAUGUUGAGGAACGAAUGUCUUAAAAAUGUCUUUUUUUGGCGUUCUAUUUUCAAUCUAAAAUAGGUGCAGAAAGGUGAGAGAUACAGACUUGGGACCUUCGGGGGACCCCCAUAAGUUGACUCUGGGACCAUAUGUCCUUUAUUUUGCCCCCACCCCUCCCCUUCCACACCAAAAUCAUAUUUUUUGGGAUUGCUCGAAAAACACGUCGUGUGAUUUUUUUUUUCAAUUCUGGAUAUGUUUUAGAGAAACAUAUAAAUGGUCCCAGGGUCAACUUAUGGGGGUUCGCUAAAGGUCCCAAGUCCCUAUCCCUCACCUUUUGACAUCCAGAUAUUCAAACACAUAAAAAAAGGAUGUUCUUUUUAUUGCUCAUUCUGCAAAAUUUGAGCAAUAAAAAAUGUCAUAUCGGUAAUAACUGUUGAGUUCUACUUGUGCAUAUUGAAAAUUUAGAACAAAUUCUAGCCUGUAAUGUUAAUCACAGUCCAUUUUUUAGUAACUAACUAUCUACCGGAGCUCUUUGAAAAAAUCGCGAAAAACGGAUAACUUCAACAUAAUGAUUCCUCAACUUACCAUCGUGGUAGGAUCCCCAUAUUAUCCCUGAACAUGGAGGAUAGUUCAUUCAUAAGAUAUUUAUAUAAAUAACAAAAACAGUCUCUGAAACCAUUCCUUAAUCCCUAAUUUUUCGCCAAACGCACGACUUAUUUCGGAACGGAGGGAGUAUUGAUUAAGCUACUAAAAGUGGUUUUAAAAGAAAAUUAUAAACUAGAUAGGCUCAAUCAGUUUCAAAAUGCGCUAUUGUCCUUUCAAAACAAUUUAAAAAAAAAUAAAAAAUAAAACCUUCUCAAACGACAAAGGAGAUAAAAAUAAACGAUAACUUUAUGAAGGAAAAAAUUGUGACUUCUUAGCAUUUAAAAGAAUAGAUGAUGAAAAAAAAAUAUUUGAAGAAAAAGGACAACAAAGAAUAUUCUCGACUUAGGCAAAUUAAUGAUAAACAAUUUUAAAAUGCAUUUUUAACAUAAGGAAAAAAAUCUUCAAUCUCUUAUUGCACAAAAAACUAUUGAAUCUUCUUAUACAAAAGAAAAAAAGCUCUUUAAAACAUUUUAAAUACAAUUGUUGUACUUGAAAAACCAAAUGCUUUGCUUCACUUUAUUUAUAUUUCUUUUUAUAUACAAAAAUUUUAACAACGACCUUUUAUUUUAUGUUGUAUAAAUCCACUUUUAAAUGCUGCUUAUUUACCCGUGUUAUUGACAAAAAAAAAAGAUUGAAUUGCAAUGAAGAAGAAAAACUUACCCUCCAAUAACAUCAAUUGAGGCUCCAGUGACAUAAGAACUCUUAUCAGAUGCAAGGAACGCGAUAACUUCCGCGAUUUCUGCAGAGUAAAAAGAGCAAAAAAAGAGAGAGGCAUUAAAAAUAGAUUAGAAUUUUUAUCUCUCGCUGUGCUAUUUUUGAGAAGAAUAUGGAUGAAUUUGAAGUAUUUUUACGUAAAACUGUCGAAGCUUUAACAUUCACCUUUAAUACAGAGAGCAACAAUUGAAGUGAAAUUAAGAACCUUACUUAAUUUUCGAAAAACGGAACGAAACUAAGUUACAUAUUGGAGACAUUUAGACAUGAAUCAGAAAAAAUAUAACAUUAAAAAACAAUUAAUUUUAAAAGUAGUAGAAAUUACCUAUAAAAGAGGUUCAAGACAAAUUUUUCACUUGACAAAUGCUAAAAUUGAUAAAGAUAAAUCGAUUUUAGUUUGAUAAAUCUGUUUGAAAAUCGAGUAUUUUAAACAAAGUUGCUUCAGAGUGGGCUAAUUGAACUGCAACAUUUCAAAAUGCUGUCCUUCUUAUCUAAAAACGAGUUUCAAUGUUGUGUCCAAAAAACAGGGCACACUUACAAUUUGAAUACCUGUUUCAAAUUUUUGUGUUAGGUAACUGGACAAACCUGCAGCUUAAGCCGAGAGACGGCUUAACGUAAUUGUGUUCAAAAUAAUAAUUACAGUAGAGUUCCUCAAAUUUGAACAUUUGGGGGGUAUAGAUGACAUUUCUCACUCCUCAAAUUUGAACGAUAUUUUCAAAUUUCAGGAGUUCAAAUUUGAGGAACUCGACUGUAGAUUACAUUCCAUCACUUUUCCACUAAGCCGCGUGUCGGCUUAAGCCAUAAGUAUGUCUAGGGCAGGGGCGGUCUAGGGCAUAAGCGUAGUCCUUUCGCAAGGACUAUGGGCUGCAGAUGAACACGUCCCAAGCUCGCGCGUCUGAAAUUCAGGACUUGACGGGCUGUCUUCAGCUCAUCAAUACUCUGGUAAUUUUUUAGUACUUUGUUUUAGUGAAUUUACGUCCAAUAACCAUUGAAAGCCAUCGUAUACUUCGACAUGAACAUCGAAAAGUUUGAUUUUUUUUUAAGGAUAAGUUUAAUUGCCGCACGAUUUAUAUGAAGGUCCCUAAUCUUAUUGGAACGCCCACUGCCUCGCAUCAAUAUGCUUGAUAUAGACUUGGACAUAACAAUACAAUCAAAAAACGUUACUAAUAGUGAAGACUGACAUAUUGACAAAAUGACACUUGAGUCACUUUGAAAUUCGAACAAGAAUACAUUUCAUCCACCACGCGGCCGAAACGCGAAUUAAAAUAUUUCAGCUUUCGAAAUCGAUCUUGGAUUUUCUUUUCUCUUUGGGUUGUCCAUAAGUUUCAGUUGUUUCACUCUUUAAUAAUCACAGUUUAGUUUAGGUUUAUUCAACAGGUUAUUGUACGAAAAUACACCUCAAAUUCGAAAAAAAAAUUGAAACGGCUUCCAAACUGACUUAUUUUACAGUUCGUAGAGCUUCUAGCAAUUAUAUGUAUCUGGUGGUUAUAUUAUUUUUUUUAUUAUAUUGUUACUAGUGCUUAUGUUGCAUAUCUGAAAACUGCGCAUAAAAUGACAGAAGAUUGAAACUGAAAGAAAUGUUUUUGAAAAAUGUAACUGAAGCGACAUCAAGCAAAACUUAGUAAGGGCUCAUAAUUUUGUCCAGUCUGCUUAUAAACAUCGAUGUUCCAAGUUUGAAGUGCGAUAUUUUCAAUACUAAUUGACUUUUUUUGUUAGUCUCUUUUCAGUAAGGUUGUUUAGAAAUUUGGGAAACGUUUAUUGUCUUUGUUUUUACUAAAAUUAGUCCUAAUACGUUUAAAAAUGAAUUGAUAUGUAGAGGUGAAUUUGACUCGAAAUUUGGACAACUUUAUUGUUAAUUUGGACACCUUGGCUGUAUAUUUGGACAGCUAAUCCGCCUCAAUAGGAUACCCAUUGUUCUCCAUUUCAAGAACCAAUCUUACCAAGUCCUCUUCCUGUUUAUGUAAGGGAAUCGUAGAAUAUCACAAGAAGCCCGGAAAUUUUCCAUAUCAUUCAUUAAAGUGAGUUGACUUCGGUAAUUCAAGUAGGGGAAAGUGCCCAUGCUUUGCACGGUUCCAAGCUUUAAAAUAACUAAAUUUUUUCUAUGUUUUUGAAUAAAUACGGUUCCGCAAUAUAUUUUAAAAUCAGGACACUUUCCCCUAGUUUUUAAAAUAUAGAAAAAACAAGUCGCAUUUAUUGAAAAAUAUACGAAAAAUUUAGUCAUUGUAAAACUUGGGACUAUGUAAGUAAAGCAUGGACACUUUCCCCUACUCGCGGAUUCGCUCAUUUCCUGGCAAGGCUCUGGAGCCUUUUAAGGCUUUUCUCCCUUUUCUUAUCACAUCUCGUUCGUAGACAUGAUGCUUCUUUGUUUCUCCAGGCAUUUAUACAACGUAGUCAUCAUAAAAGCUAAUGCUUGGCGCACAAUAACUUUUGUUUCGUAAACAUAUUUUUGAUAUUUCAAUGACAGUGAGUGAGAUCUAGAUUUAGUCAUCUCGCUCACUCUUAUGGAAAAUUGUGAAAACAUCUUUAUAAAUAAAAGUUAUUGUGCGCUGGGCAGAAAAUUUCACGAAAUUUCCGGAGAAAAACACCUGUCCAAAAUAAGAAGUAUCACUUCACUGGUGAACUUCUUAGAAAAUUGCCCAUUUUUCACAUGAAAAUCUCACUUGAGGUCCUUAAGGUCAAAUGUACAAAUCACCAUUAACGUGAAUCAACACAAUAUUCAACGAAUAUUUAAUAAUAUCACUUAAAAAUAUCGAAGAAAAAUUAUUAGUACUUCAACACAGCUAAAUAAGACCGAAGUGAACACGAAGUUCUGUCAUAUUUCUCGUAAGCAUUUGCUCACACUAAAUUUUCAACAAAGCAAUUUUAACACAAAUUAUAUUCAAAAUUUAACGUAUUUAGUGUUAAAAUCUUCCAAAAAGAACAAAUAUUAAGAUAGAAUUCAUUAUUCAUCAAAUAUUGGAAUAAAAAUCCAUAAUUUUAAUCAAUUUAUUUAUAGUGUCCAAUUUUAUCCUCAAAGUGUCCAAAUUUAGAAACUGCCCAAAAUUAUGAGCUCUUACCCUACAUGUUCCAAACAACCCAAAAUUGAUUGAAAUUCAAAGGAAUAAUUUAAAUAAAAAAUCUUCAACAUUUCAGAAGAAUUUUACAAAGGUAUAAUUGAAAUUUUCAAACCAUUGUAAAUUUCACUUCAAUUGUAUCUCUCUGUACUGUUCUAAAGGUCAAAACUCGCUGUUGCUUUUCUACAUAACAAGAAUUUCACGUUUUCUGACACAUUUUUAUUCCGUCCAAUUCCAUUUUAUUUUUAAAACAUCGGGCUUUUUGGAAUGUCUCAAGCGUCUCAAAGAGAUUUUCUUUUUGACACACAUUUUCUCGACACGAACAGAAUCAAUCAAUUGCUGAAUAUAUAAACUUGAAAAACAAAAAAAAAACGUGAUAUUUACUUGGCACAGUUUCUCUUACAAAAUUUACUCUCUUUGGUUUUUCCGUUUGCCUUUGAUCACGGAAAUUAAAAGCUACUAAUAUUGAUUAGGUAAACUCUUCCUUUCUGUUGUAAUAUUGUGUGGGAAUGCUAUUUAAAAUUUAGGGAAGAAAAAUUUAUAUCGAAUGUUUUACGCUUUCUCUUUGAUAAAAAAAAACAUUUUUCAUCCUAUCAUAGAGCUAUAUUGCAUUUAUUGAAAAUCACUCAGAAUAUUUGAUUGGAAAUUUCACAAGAAAAAACCACAAAACAUCACUAGAACAAUUCGUGCGUGAUUCAAAAUGAUUUCCAUUGAAAAGCUCAGAAUCAAAAGAUUUUAAUCCAUAUUCGCUAAUUAUAGAUUUAAUCCAUAAAAAUGCCAUCUAUCCCUCAAAUAAGCCCACAGAAAAAAAAGGAAAUCAUCAACAAUAGAGGUCAAUCCAUAAAUAAAGAAAAAUAAAUGUGUAUCAUAUGAGUGCAAAAUACAAAAGCAUUCACAUUGCAUAAAACCCUAAAUUGAAAUGUUUUUCCGAGUAUAAUAUAUUUCGUUGAAAUGAAAUACAAUCAGAAUUACGAAGAGCAAAAAGGGUCACGUUUUAUUGGAUACAUUUUCUUCAAAACACGAAGGAAAUCUCGUGAUUUUUCCCAUGUGCUACAUAAAAUAACAUUAAAAGCAUCUCCAGAGUGUGUUUUUUUUAUAUAUACAUAUAUAUAUAUUAUAUUUGUCUCGGGACAACUGAGUGAUUAAGAUAAUUUUACCAAUGUCAGAAAAAAAAUAAGAAAUAAACAUUAGCAAAAUAUUGCAGAGAUUUUUCAUGUGUCCAGAAAAAAAAACACAAAAAUAAAGAACAAAGUCCCUCAA